AUGACAUCGGAGAGAGUCCUAGUUCUCAAAAUUAAUCAUCCCACAAACCUCAAUGAGAGGCCGGUAACGGUUGCAAAGGAGCCCUUCCCUCCAGCCAGUGUUAACAUUGCACAACACAUCGGCAAUCAGAAGCCACGGUUACGAGAAGGACCGCGUACAAUUCGCCCCAAUUCAUUCAUACAUGCAGACAUUCAACACUCGGCAAUGCCAGACGAGGCGGUGGCACAAGAGUGGAGGCUCCACACCGCGGUAGUACUUCAACUCCAAGAGAAUGUACCACAACACCACCUUGACAUUCAUUCCUCCAGUCGCUGA